AUGGCGACGGCUGUAGCGGCUACCGCCGGCGUCGAGAAUCAACCCCCAGAUGCACCAGCAUGGCGUGAAAACCUCAACACACAUCUCAUCUGCCCCGACUGCAAACAGGUCCCACCCGAAUUAGUCGAGGAAAACGCUGAUACAAUCUGUGCCAACUGUGGAAUGGUUCUUGCGGAGCGCCUUGUCAGCUAUGAGUCAGAAUGGCGAACCUUCAACUCGGACGAGAGCAAAGGCGAAGACCCCAACCGUGUUGGGGAAGCCGACAAUGAACUCCUCCUCACCAACAAUGCAGGGACGAUGAUCGGUGGUGGAGGACCAACCCUCUCGAGAGAAACUCGCAAGCUCAAGAAGGCGCAGGCCAUGCAGCAAGAGAACAAGGCCGAUAAGGCUCUGCAAGCAGCAUAUGCUCAAGUGGAGGCUUGGGGUGAGAAGGCCAAACUUCCCGGUCCCGCCAAGACUGCAGCAAAGAUGUACUUCAAGCGAGUUUAUGAAGCGAAUGCUCUUCGAGGCAAGCAAACUGAUGUCAUUCUCGCUGGGUGCCUCUUCAUCGCUUGCCGUCAGCUGCGGAUCCCUCGAACUUUUAACGAAAUCUUCGGAUUGACUUCCGUCCCGAAGAAGGAGAUCGGUCGGGCGUACAAGAAUUUGGAAAAGUUCCUCACCAAGGCCGCCCACGACAACAUCCAAGCCGUCGAAGGUAGCGGGGGCAUUGCCAACCGAGAAGUUCUCGAAUAUCGUGGUACCCAAUCGACUAAGCCCGAGGAUCUCUGUAGUCGAUACUGCAACAUGGUCGGGCUCAACUUCCGAGUAGAGUCAAUCGCGAAAGCCCUGGCAAAGAAGAUUCCUACCAUCGAAGGCCUGGCCGGUCGUAGCCCUCUGUCCAACGCCGCUGCUUGUACCUUUUUCGCCAGUUGGCUGAUCGGUUUCGGGAAACCCAGCAAACAGAUCAGCGAGGUUGCGGGAGUUAGCGAUGCUACUAUCAAGCAUGCCUACAGAUACCUCUUGCAAGAGAAAGAGCGAUUGGUUGAGGAGAGCUGGCUUGGUGAACAGCCACCACCUCUCGGAGGCUUCGGGGAUUUGAAGAAUCUUCCUGGUGCCUGA